AUGGCCGCUGAAUGUACGGGCGCUCAGCGUCACCCCGACCCCGACCACCCGGACAUGGAGAAUAAAGACAUGGACGGACCGCACGGACGUAGCAACUCCCCCAGUGACAAUGAAUCAAUUGACUCGUCUAUGAUGGACGAAAAUGGUUUUGAAAUACCCCGGUAUCAUCUGAAACGUCGGCGCCGUAGUGCCUCCGGCUCCAGCAUCGAGACCGUCAUGUCCGCUUCUUCUCGUCAAGGUAAUGUGCCUCGCACUGUUCUCUUCCGGCCCUCAACCAAAGGGGACAGUGUUACUUCGCUUCGACUGGUGAAACUCGAAGAUUUUCUCAACUCUGAAGCUCCCAACGAACUAAGGGAAAUCCGAAUCAACCGUGCCCUCAACAUAGUGGCAGUGGAUGUCAAAACCAUCGCCGGCGUCACCCUGCUCCUCGCCCUCAACCGUCUCUGUACAAUGCCGGUUCGUGCUGCAAUGCCGACGCCCAAAUGUGCGAGUACCGGUGUUAUCCGCGUAGUCGACCUCUCACUCACUGACAGCGACUUGUGCCAACGCCUCCGUUCUCCAUUGGAUUUCCACAGCGUAAAGCGACGUGGAAAAGACUCCGAGCCGGUGAAAAUUGUCUUCGUAUCUUCGUCCCGUCCAUCAGUAGUUCACAUCGGCACUGUAAAGUGCCCGGUCUCCGCCUACAAGCCCAAGCCAACACAGUGUUUUAAAUGUGGGCGCUUCGGCCACGUGAAUGUGUCAUGCCCAAGGCCGGAACAGUGCCUUAUCUGUGCCGGUGACCACGCUACCAGCGCGUGCCCGGAAGGGAGUGUCCCGAAGUGCUCCAAUUGCGGCCUAGCACACUCUUCUGUCGACAAAACCUGUCCGGUGAAAAAACGGGAAACUGCUGCCCAUCGCUGCGGCUUGAAAGAAAGCAUACCAACCAGGAAAGCUCGGAAAAUGCUCAAGAAUAAGGGCCGCAUCCCCCAUCGUCUCUCGGACUCCUCCUCACUCCCUAACCGUGUGCCACCGAAAAAACAUCGACGCUAA